GUGAUGUCACAGGCGCGACAAAUGUGCGCGCCUCCACAGCGCGCUUUGAAUCGAGAGGUUGCUUUCACAUGCUUGGCAGUUCAAAAUAGGCAUUAAUUCAAUGUAACCAUAAAAAAACUAUUGGUAUCUUGGUUGGAAAAGCUGCACGAUGUAUUCUCCGCGAUCCACUCCUGCUUCAGUCCGCAGGCCAGCCGCUCGGACAGCCGGGAGGAAGAGUCUUGCCGCUACCCCGACUGGAAUUCUCUUCUCUCCGGCUCGGAGGAGUUCAUUGUCAGCCAGAGGGACUCCCAUAAGGGUGCAGAGUCAGACGGCCGCCGAGUCAUUGAAUUUUGAUGUGCAAACGUUUGGCUCCUCGCUGCCUGUCAAAGUGAUGGAGGCUUUAACUGUGGCCGAAGCUGAUGCCCAGAUCUCCGUGAAGGUGGAGGAGAGCGGCUGGGCUUGGAUGGUGUGUGGGGAGCGGCUCAUUGUUUGGAAGAUUGGUCAGACUGCAGUGGCCAAGCUGUCUGUAUGUAAAGAGCUCCAGUUGUCGCCCAGUGAGUUGGCGUACUCUGCAGACCUCGUCGCCAUAUCGUCUGCGAUGCCACUGGAAACAGCCCCAGUUCAGUUGAUUUCGGUGAUGGCCGUGUCCCCUGAGGGAACUGUGCGCUUCUGGCCCAACCUGGCCCAUGAGGGGACCUUCAUCGAGGCUGUGGCAGACGUGGGUGGCAACUUCUGCAACUUCCUUACAGCUGUCAAGGGGAACAGCUUCGUCUUGUCGUCCUACAAAAGCCAGCUUCUGCGCCUGACUGUGGAUGCCUCUGGGAGGCUCCAGCAGAGGGCGCUGCAGCAAGGACAUGGUGUUCUGUCUGGCAUCGGCAGGCGGAUGUCCUCCCUCUUCGGUAUUCUAGCGCCUCCUGCUGAUUCCAUUUUACACAGCCUUCUCUGGGUGCGGGCCACUUGCCAGCUCUACACUUUGAGUAGCUGCUCCCUCAGCAAGUGGGAGGUGGAGGAAAGCUCCGAACACCAAGUGCUCAGCUGGGACAUCAACAAGAACGUGACGGAGAGCAUCAGAGACGCCGUCUGGGGCUCAGAAAGCAACUAUGAAGAAAUUAAAGAGGGCGUUAGGGUGACGUACCUGGACAUGCAGCUUGGCCUGGAUGGCUUGGUGGUCCUGGCUGCCGCGUGGCACCCAUCUGACACCCCCUGCCUGGUCUAUUACUGCCUACUCACCCUGCCGGACAGUGACCCCAUCAUGACAGAACCGCUUUCUGUGGAGGUCACCAAAUACAACCCCCCCUUUCAGGGUGAAGAGGAGCUGCAGGCCAUGCGCUUCCUGCUCCCGCCCUCCCCCACCAUGGCUGCGUAUCUCUACAGGGACGACCUGAUCUACGCCUGCUCCUCUGGCACUGGGCGGGGCAGCCUGCCCGAGGAGAGGAUCCCCUUCAGCUCUGCCGGAGAUCGCAUCCUGGGCGCGGGCUGCUGUGCCAGCUUGCCCGUCUUCUUCUCCCAGAACAGCGGCCUGGUGGCCGUGGUGGCCCAGGAAGGCGCGUCUAUGCUCCCUGAGACGAUGGAGGACUCGUUGUCCUCCUCCGUGGCCGGGAUUGCACCGGAGGGAGGGGCUGCUGAAGGUUCCUUGAGGAUGGAGACAAUUGCUCAGGAGGACAAAACCAAACUGCUAAAGGCGGCUUUCCUUCAGUUUUGCCGGAAAGACCUGCUGAGCUCCCAGACGAUGACUGAUGAGCUUUUCCCCGCUGAUGGCGAUGGGGAGGGCGACGCCGAGCUGGAUGGGGUCGUCAUGCAGAUCGAUCUCGACCUGGUGGACGACUACCCCGCCUCUGACCCCCGCUGGGCCGAGUCCGUCCCUGAUGAGAGUGCAGGAUUGACGCUCACAUCCCUGAUUGUCCUUCACCAGUUGGAGGAUAAGAUGAAAGCUCACUGCUUCUUCAUGGACUUCCUCCAGCAGGUGUCUCUCCUGGAGCGCCUGACCUCGGUGACGGUUCGCUCCGUGCCCAUGGCCACACGCCUCCUCCUGUGCGAGCACGCCGAGAAGCUCUCCGCCGCCAUCGUACUCAAGAACUACCACACCAAGCUGCCCGCGCUGGUCAACGCCGCCAUCUGCAGCACGCUGAGGAAGAGCGGCACCCCCGUGCCGGCCAGCCUGACCGCGGCCGAUGUGUUCUUCAGAGAGGUGUCUCAGGUCUCCUCGAUCUUCGAGAGCCUCCUGGAGGAGGAGGAGAGGACACUGAGGGAGUACCCCGUCGACUCCGUGGAGUGGGCGGAGGUCGUGGUCAACGUCAACAACAUCAUCAAGGACAUGCUUCAAGCUGCUACCAGCUACAGAGAAACCAAAGCCUCUCUGUACCGAGGCCCAGAAGAUGGCAGAUCUGAGCCGGAGUACAUUCCCUGGACAGCCUCCAGUGGUCCUGGGGGUGUGCGGACGGUUCUCGCCCAGCAGCACGAGGUAGUAGUGAAGACGGUGUACCCGCAUGUGGACACGCAGCUGCGCAGCACCUUGAAUGAGCAGCUGGUGGCGCUGCUCGAUUCUUACCUGGGCACCUACGUGGCCCAGCUGACCUCACUGAACCGGGCCAGCCAGCAGGAGCGAUACAGGAGCUUGGAGAUGGAGUACAUGCAGAAACGGGCCGAGCUGCUGACGCCGCUCUUGGAGUUGGGUCAGUACCAGUGGGUGGCAGUCCUAGCAGAGAAGUACUGCGACUUCGACAUCCUGGUGCAGAUGUGCGAGCAGACUGACAACCAGAGCCGGCUACAGCGCUACAUGACCAAGUUCGCAGACCAGAACUUUGCAGAUUUUCUCUUCCGCUGGUACAUGGAAAAGGGCAAACGGGGGAAGUUGCUGUCGCAGCCCGUGGCUCAGCACCAGCAGCUGGCAAGUUUCCUGCAGGCCCAUGAGCACCUUAGCUGGCUGCACGAGAUAAACAUCGACGACUUCCAGAAGGCUCACCGCACUCUGUAUGGACUCGCUAAUGCAGAGACACGAUACUUUGCAAAAAAGAAGACCCUGCUGGCCCUCAGCAAGCUUGCAGCCCUCACCUCCGAUUAUUCAGAGGCAGUGUUACAGCGAAAGUUGGAUGAUAUGGUGGAGCAGGAGCGCUUCCUUCUCCACCAGGAGACUCUGCCCAAGCAGCUGCUGGAGGAGAAGCGGCUCAAUCCGGACACCAUGCCGUUGCUGAGCCCCCACAACCUCGUCAGCCUGUAUAUCUGUGAUGACAACAGGAGAGCUAAUGAGUACGACUUCAAGAAGGCCCUGGAUCUGCUGGACUACAUCGACAAGGAUGAUGCAGUGGACAUUCAGAGCCUGAAGUGUGAAAUCUUCUGCAAGGCUCUGAAGAGGGACGACUGGUCCUCUGUUGACGGGGCUGAUGACCCAGUAGAAGCAGCCAAAGACAGUAUCUUUGUGAAGGUUCUGCAGAAGCUUAUUCAGGAAGGUGUUCCUCUACAGGGUUAUCUUCCUGACGUCCAAGAUCUGCUUCAGGCUGAGGAGCUGGAGGGGUUGAGGUCCAAACCCUAUUUUGAGUUCCUUCUGCGUGCAAACUAUGAACAUUAUCUUCAGGUUCAAAUGUAAUAUGACCCACGAAACAUUUAUCUGAUCCUUCAUUUAUAUGUUUUUUAAAUUAAAAUAGUUGAAUAAUAAAGAGCCCUAUUUCUAAA